AUGAUGGACCCUCGGGUCUGUGCCAGCCAGGGGAAGCCCAACCUGCCCUUUUCCAUCGAGGAAAUCUUAAAGAAACCUUCCGCCAGCACCGUCCUCACCAGUGAAAGCAGGAAUAGAAAUAACUACGCUGAGAGACCUCCAGCCCUAAAAGCAGGGUCACCACUGGCCUUUGAUUCCAGCAGCAGGAGUCAGUUAGACUGUGACCUACCUUCAGCCAAAAUGCUUCUCCCUGCCACAUGUGCUACACCCAUGGCCAGGGCAAAGAAAGUGCAGGCAGCUCACUGCAGAAGACCUACUGACAGCCCAGCUUCCCUCCUGGGUGAGGACACAGAACGUGAACACGUAGCAGGCAAAAGAAAACACGAGGAAGAGGAAGAUCAGCUAUGCGAUUUCCCAGUGGACCAUCCACUUCAUGUUGAGAGGAAAGGGAAACGGAGAAUCCGGACAACGUUCACAGCUGAGCAGCUCCAGGAACUGGAGAAGAUUUUCCGAGUGACUCACUACCCAGAUGUCCAUAUUCGCAAUCAACUGGCAGCAAAGAUAAACCUCCCAGAAGCCAGAGUUCAGAUCUGGUUCCAGAACCAGCGAGCAAAGUGGAGGAAACAUGAAAAAUUUGGCAACUUUGGUGGCCUUCAGCAUCUGACAGAAGUUGAUUUCAUUCCUGCNCCCAAAACAGACAUCACAGCUCCUACCUUGAUGCCAAGAAAGUUCACCGCUACCAUCCCUGCCAUGGGAUACUACUCACCACUGCAAGGGCAGCUGACAACUGCCUGGCUUCCCAGAACACUCUCCGUCAUCCCUCACCACCUGGAGCUGCUGCCCUUCCCAAAACCCUACUUGCUCUUCAAUGUCCUCCCCCAUUACAGCACAGCUCUACCCCACAAGUUGGAAAGGAGCAGUAUCUGCGCCAGCUCUACAUAG